AUGGGCAUCUCCCUGCGGGAAAGGCGGGAAAGUAAGCAAUCAAGAGCGAGCGGGCGAGCGUUCCUGAAUGCGCGUGGAACCGGAAGCUUAGAAUCGUUGGCCUCCGGCAGCCGUUUCCUCAACGUUAACUGUGUUCGCUGCCGUCUCGCGAUGGGACCGCUGUUGCUCGCCCUGAUCUUGGCUUUAGCUCUGCCUCUGCCAGCCCAUGGCGCCGUCUAUUUUCGGGAGCAGUUUCUGGACGGAGCAAAAUGGAAGGAGAGAUGGGUGCUCUCUCAGCAUAAAUCCAACUAUGGAAAGUUUAGGUUGACAGCUGGAAAUUUUUAUGGCGAUCGUGAAACUGAUAAAGGUCUGCAGACAAGUGAAAAUUCAAAGUUUUAUGCCAUCUCAUCACGAUUUAAACCAUUCAGCAAUAAAGGAAAAUCUUUGGUAAUUCAGUAUACAGUAAAGCAUGAACAGAAAAUUGAUUGUGGCGGUGGUUAUGUGAAAAUAUUUCCCUCUAGUCUGAACCAAAAGAACAUGAGUGGGGAAUCUCUGUACUACAUCAUGUUUGGGCCUGAUAUAUGUGGUUCUGAUACAAAGAAAGUCCACAUCAUUUUAAACUACAAGAACAAAGUUUAUCCUGUUAAGAAACAAAUUCGCUGCAAAGUGGAUGGAUUCACACACCUAUAUACACUGAUUUUAAAACCAGAUCACACAUAUAAAGUGAAAAUUGAUAAUAAAAUGGUUAUAUCAGGCAUUUUGGAAGAUGACUGGGACUUCUUGCCACCAAGGAGAAUAAAUGAUCCAGCAGUGAAGAAACCAGAGAACUGGGAUGAUGAAGCUGAAAUUGAUGAUCCAGAGGACACUAAGCCAGAGGAUUGGGAUAUUGCUGAAUACAUUGUUGACAACAGUGCUGAGAAACCUAAAGACUGGGAUGAUGCAGAACAGGGCACCUGGCAACCUCCUCUGCUCAAGAAUCCUCUCUACAGAGGGGAGUGGCAGCCCAGGAAAAUCCCAAAUCCAAACUACAAAGGCAUUUGGCCCCAUCCCCAGAUUGUGAAUCCCGAGUAUGCGCCAGACUCAAGCCUCUCUGUCUAUGAGAACAUCAGCGUCAUUGGUCUAGACCUUUGGCAGGUGAGAUCUGGAACUAUUUUUGAUAAUAUCUUGAUCACUGAUGAUGAAGACUAUGCAAAGAAAUUUGGUGAUGAAACGUGGGGCAAAACUAAGAACCCGGAACAGACAAUGAACAAGAAGCAAAUAGAGAAAGAAAAGAAAAGGGAACAGAGAAGAAGCGAGAAGAUGCCAAAAAAGAAACCACGUCAAAAGAACAAAUCUGAGAGAAUUGUAGCCCAGAAGGAGGAGCUCUGAUUCUUUUCGGAACUUAAAUUGGAGCAGGGAGAGAAAAACGUUAAGGGCUGGGGACC